UUCGCUGCCAGCCAGUAGAGUAAUCGAAUUCGAAGCACACUCGCUGUGCCAGCCAGUAGAGUAAAUGUGCCGCUGCCAACAGGCUCCGUGAGAGAGUAGGCGAAUUCCACCGCACUCCUCUCCUGUCCUCGUCCACUCCGCCACCGCAGCAGCAGCAGCUUCCAAUCCCGUCCCCCCGUGAAGUGCUCUCUCGCCGCCCCAACAUCGCCAUGGAGGCCGCCGCCGAGCUCAGGACCCAGAUCCAGGCCCACCUCACCAUGAUGUACGCCACGGGUGCCGUGGACGCAUAUUUCCAGGAGCUGCAGGAGCUGGACGAGGGCAGUGCAGGCACGGGCCACGUCGCCGAAGUCCUCAACAUCUUCCUCAAUGACGGCGACAGGAUCCUCAGGGACAUCGACAGCCUGCUGAACAAGCCCCUGCACGAGGUGAACUUCUCCAAGGUGGACGCCCUGGUGCAGCAGCUCAAGGGGAGCAGCUCUACUGUUGGUGCUAAUAAAGUGAAUCUCGCUUGCAUGGAGUUCCAACAGUUGUACAUGGCAAAAAACAAAAAAGGAUGCCUCAUGGAAUUGGCUAUUCUUAAGGGUGAUUUCCGUGACUUGCGGAACAAGCUCCAAACUUUUAUGCAGCUGGAGCAGCAGAUCGUGUCCUUGUUUAUUAUGUAGCAGUAAUCAAAGGAAAAAGAGCAUAACCUCAUGAGAUUCCUGGCAUGAUGGUGUGUAUGUAUCUUUGAAGUGACUGUGUUAUGUUGGGCUUUGGACGAGCACACAGAAUCACACGGUGAUUCUUGCUUCAGAAGUCGGGGCUCACCAACACCGUGUGAGUGGAACUCGUUGUCUUUUCUAUCGACUUAUGUGUCUGUCAACUCUAUUUAUCUCUGUGUCAUUGAUGGCCCAUAGGCUGUGCGUAAACUCUA